AUGAUCAUCUCUAAGAAGAACCGCCGCGAGAUCUGCAAGUACCUCUUUCAUGAGGGUGUCCUUUAUGCCAAGAAGGACUACAACCUGGCCAAGCACCCGAAGCUUGAUGUGCCCAACUUGGAGGUGAUUAAGCUCAUGCAGAGCUUCAAGUCAAAGGAGUAUGUGAGGGAGACCUUCUCCUGGCAGUACUACUACUGGUACCUCACAAACGAUGGCAUUGAGCACCUCCGCAGCUUCCUCAACCUGCCAUCAGAGGUUGUGCCUAAUACCCUCAAGAAGUCCUCCAAGCCACCGUCUCGUCCCUUCGGCUCUGGCCCACCGGGUGAUCGCCCCAGGGGUCCCCCUCGUUUUGGGGAUGACAGACCUAGGUUUGGGGAUAGGGAUGGUUACAGAGGAGCUCCUCGUGGUGCUCCAGGUGAUUUUGGCGGUGAGAAGGGUGGUGCUCCUGCAGAGUUCCAGCCAUCUUUUAGGGGUAGCAGACCUGGCUUUGGCCGUGGUGGCGGCGGCGCGUUUGGUGCUGGUGGAUCUUCCAUGGAGUGA